AAAGAAGAACGAACGAAUAAAAAUCAAAUUUCAUACUCCUUUUGCAUAAUAAUAAUAAUUUUCUUCUCUAAAAACUUGUUUUGUUCAAUUAGAUCCGAUAAUUUGUGAAAUAAUCAUGACUACACCAUCGAUUGACGUUAAAUUUACCAAGAUUUUCAUCAACAAUGAAUGGCAUAAUUCAUUGAGUGGUAAAACAUUUGCAACCAUAAAUCCAGCUACUGAAGAAAUAAUAGCCUAUGUUCAAGAAGCUGAUGAAGGUGAUGUAGAUUUGGCUGUAAAAGCUGCUGCCGUUGCAUUUCAACCAUCUUCAAAAUGGCGUCAAAUGAAUGCAUCUGAACGUGGACAAUUAAUACAAAAACUUGCCGAUCUUAUUGAACGGGAUAAAGAUUAUUUAGCUCGAUUAGAAGUAUACGAUAAUGGUAAACCAUUGGCAGAUGCUUUUGGUGAUAUUGAUGCUUGUAUCGGUACGCUUCGUUAUUAUGCUGGUUGGGCGGAUAAAAUUCAUGGCAAAGUAAUACCGGCUGAUGGAAAAAUUUUUUCCUAUACUAAAAUCGAACCGGUCGGUGUUUGUGGUCAAAUUAUUCCAUGGAAUUAUCCUAUGUUGAUGAUUUCAUGGAAAUUUGCACCAGCAUUAGCUAGUGGUUGUACAAUCGUAUUGAAACCUUCGGAAUUUACACCAUUAACUGCAUUAUAUGUUGGUAGUUUGAUUGUGGAAGCUGGAUUUCCACCCGGUGUUGUUAAUAUUGUUCCCGGAUAUGGUCCAACAGCUGGACAUGCUUUAGUUCGACAUUCAUCUGUCGAUAAAAUUGCAUUUACCGGAUCAACACAAACCGGACAAUCGAUUAUGAAAACUGCAGCCGAAACAUGUAAACGUGUAUCAUUAGAAUUGGGUGGAAAAUCACCAUUAGUAGUAACGAAAAAUUGUAAAGAUUUAAAAAAAGCUGCUGAAAUUGCACAUCAAGCUUGUUUUGCUAAUAUGGGACAAUGUUGUUGUGCUGGUACACGAACAUUUGUUCAUGAAUCUAUUUAUGAUGAAUUUGUUAAAAUGGCUGCCGAAAUUGCUGGUAAUCGUAUAGCAGGUGAUCCAUUUGAUUCGAAAACUAUUCAAGGACCACAAAUCAAUACGAAACAAAUGGAAAAAAUACUAGAAUUAAUUGAAUCGGGUAAAAAAGAAGGUGCACGUUGCGUAACUGGUGGUCAACGUAUGUCAUGUAAAGGAUAUUUUAUUGAACCAACUGUUUUUGCCGAUGUAACUGAUCAGAUGCGUAUUGCAAGUGAAGAAAUUUUCGGUCCAGUACAACAAAUUUUACGUUAUUCAUCAAUGGAUGAAGUAAUUGAACGUUGUAAUGAUACCCGAUAUGGACUAGCAGCAGGAAUCAUUACCGAAGAUAUGAAUGAAAUGAUAAGAUUUACUGAAAAUAUUCGUGCCGGUACAAUUUGGGUUAAUUGUUAUGAAGAAGGUGCAACACAAAUACCAUUUGGUGGUUUUAAACAAAGUGGUAUUGGUCGUGAAUUGGGUGAAGAUGGUCUGCAUUCAUAUUGUGAAAUUAAAUCCAUUAUUAUUCGAAAAGAAAAUUAAAGUUUAAAAUUACAUUACAUUGAUUUU